AUGACGACUAACGCUAGCUUCGCGGUGUGGCUUUGCCUCGCGGAGGCGCAGUGCUGCGCUCGGCGGGCAGCGGUGGGCACCGCACGGCACAGCACAGGUGCAGUGGGCAAGGAGGGCACAGCGGGCCCGCGCGGCCCGCCCGGGCUGGACGGCCGCCCCGGCGACCCCGGCGUGCCCGGACCACCCGGCAAACCUGGCGACAUGGGACCGAAAGGUGAAAAGGGUGACUACGGCGACAUGGGCUCGCCCGGCAUGCUGGGCGCGCCGGGGCUGCCGGGCCCGCCCGGGUAUCCGGGCCUCAAAGGGGAGAAGGGCGACAAGGGCGACUCGGGAGACGGCACCGGCUACGAGCUCUACGGACAUGAAAUUAUGAUGGGCCCACCGGGCGCGCCGGGGCCGGCUGGGCCGCCGGGCGUGGCGGGACCACCUGGUAUCAAAGGCGACAAGGGCGAGCCCGGCACACGCGGCAAGGCUGGUGAGCGAGGGGAGAAGGGGGAUCCCGGCCCCAUGGGCUUACCGGGUCCCGUAGGUCUUCCAGGAGAAGCGGGCGAACCGGGCAGGCAGGGCGACUCCGGGCCUAGGGUGAGUAAAACUAUGCCUCAAAUAAAGUCACACUACACCGACACGCUUAACUGUUUAUGCCUCCGAACUACACUCGGU